CUCAUCCGAUACAACCAUCCAAAGAGCCCCGCUUGAUCCCAUCCCUCUCUCCCGCCAUUACUCUAAAACCCUAAUUAAAACCCUAGAGCAGCUUCAAUACUCCCAUCUUUCUCACCGCCGCCAGAAAAAUUAAUCGAAAUCCUUAUCGUCAUCAAUGGAAACCGGAACGGAUCCGAUGGGUUUGAAGUUGCGAGAGCUGCUCAAAGAGGUCCAGCUCGAUCAAUCCGCCAUUAAAACCCUAGAUGGAGCAGUCUCUUCCAUCGUAGACGCCAUCAAAUCGAUACCCGAUCAACAAGUGAGCUCGAAGGCUGCCCUAGGGUUCGUUAGAGACCUUGGAGUUCCUUCAGAUAAGGUCGAGUUCACGUUUAAGAGUCCGGAGUCCAUUCGAAUCGGAGGCAGCUAUUCCGUUGGUGCCGUUGCAAAGCCUGAUGUCAAUGUUGAUCUUAUAGUUCGAAUGCCAAAGGAAUGUUUUUAUGAGAAGGACUAUCUGAACCAUCGGUACCAUGCAAAGAGAUGUCUUUUCCUUCGAGUGAUUGAGAGAAAUCUGAAAUCAUCCUCUUUCGUACGAAAAAUUGAAUGGUCAUCAUUUCAGAGUGAGGCCCGUAAACCUGUGCUUAAGGUGUAUCCAGCUCUGGAGAUUGCUGAGCUUUCAGAUGUUUUCAUCAAAAUAAUUCCUAGCGCCACCUUUUUGUUUGACGAGACAAAGCUUAGCUUGUCAAGAAACAAUGUUCGAGCAUUCAAUGAAGGUGACACUGCUAGAGCUACUCCAAAGUACAACAGCAGCAUAUUGGAAGAUUUGUUUCUGGAAGAGAACACAGAAUUUAUCCAGACAUCUUUUCAUGAAUGGAAAAGUAUGCAAGACGCUUUAAUUUUGCUCAAAGUUUGGGCUCGAAAUAGAAAUUCCAUCUUUGCACACGAUUGCUUAAAUGGAUACUUGUUAUCCAUCAUGCUAUCAUACCUUGCAGUUGUAAAUCGUAUUACUAAGUCAAUGAAUGCAGUGCAGAUAUUCCGAGUCACCCUAAAAUUUAUAUCAACUGCAAGUUUCUGGAACAAGGGCCUUUUCCUCAAAGCUCAGGGGCAGUGCAAUAUGUGUAAGGAGGAUGUGGCUCAGUACCUGCAAUCCAUUGGCGUUCUAGUAUGUGACGCUUCUGGGCAUUUUAACUUGGCAUUCCGCUUGACAAAGACAGCUUUCUCUGAGCUUCAGGAGGAGGCUUCUUGGACGCUCAGUUGCAUUGAUAAAUGCCGAGAUGGUGGAUUUGAAGAGAUUUUCUUGACCAAGGUGGAUUUUGCUGCUAAAUUUGAUUCUUGUUUGAGAAUAAAUUUGAAAGGAAAAGCUAAAGUUAGCGGAUCGGAUUUCUGCUUGGAUGAUGAAUGCUGGAGAAUAUGUGAAAAGGAUGUGCAAUCUUAUCUACAACAAGGGCUUAAUGAUAGAGCCAAGUUAGUUCGUGUCACCUGGAGAAGUACACCUUCAAAAUGGAAUGUUGAAGAUGGUUUCUCGAAGUUUGGUGAUGAGCCAAUGCUUGUUGGUAUAUUGCUCAGCUCCCAUGAGAAGAGCUUUCGGGUGGUUGAUAUUGGACCAAGUGCUGAUAAGAAGGAAGAGUCUGUCAAAUUCAGAAAAUUCUGGGGAGAAAGGGCAGAGCUUAGACGUUUUAGAGAUGGAAACAUUGCAGAAAGCACAGUGUGGGAAUGUGAACCAUGGGAAAGGCAUCUUAUCAUUAAAAGGAUCACAGAAUACAUUCUAACUAAGCAUUUUCUUCUAUUGAAAGACGACAUGGUACACAUUGUUGAUCAGCUUGAUUUUUGCCUUCAUGUCCGUGGCAAAGACCUGACAUCGUCUUCUGGAAGUUUAUUUGGUGCAUUAGAAAUUUUGUCGAAACGGUUGCGUGCACUAGAAGAAAUUCCUUUGAAGAUUUCCAGUGUGAAGCCACUAGACCCAGGUUCUCUUCAUGAGUUUAAUAGCAUCGAAAUAUAUGCUUACUUGUUUCAUUUUAUUUGCUUGAUGUUAACUCUUUUUAGCUGGUCAAAUCCAUAUAUAGUGAGGUAGUAAAUAUGUAUCCUU